UUGAGAGGCGUAGCUGAAACUGAUUUGUCUUGUAUGUGGGAGAGUAUUCCUUCUGUUCCUGUCACGACUAUGUUUUUUAGGUGUUUUAUGAGUGCCUAACACAGUCACAAAUGGCUGAAGUAAUACCCGUCGGCUCCCCCUUGCUCUUGCCAUCCGUCAUGAACGCCAUCUUCCAGGCUCCGGAGGACUCGUGCACCGCCGCUGCCAGCCCUCCCGCGGACCCUCAGAGCGGGGAGGACUACUUGUUUCUGGAAACCACGCAUCCCAACACAGUCCUACGGGGCCUGAACAGCAUGCGGCUGAACAAAGCCUUCUGUGACGUGACUCUGUGCUGUGGAGGACAGGAGUUCCCUUGCCAUCGCAUUGUACUUGCAUCCUUUAGCUCCUACUUCCAGGCAAUGUUUUCAGCUGACUUGCUGGAGUCCAAGCAGGAACGUGUUGCCAUUAAUGGAGUUGAGCCCCAGAUGGUUGGCAAGCUGGUGACCUAUGCCUACACAUCUCAGAUCUUCAUCACUAAAGCAAAUGUACAAGCGCUUCUGGCAGCGGCCAAUUUAUUGGACGUGAUGGCUGUGCGAGAGGCUUGCUGUCACUUCAUGGAGCGUCAGAUGGACGAGACAAACUGUGUGGGAAUUCACUGCUUUGCUGAGGCCCAUUCCUGUAAGGUGCUGGAGAAACGCAGUAUGGAGUACAUUCUGGAGAACUUCAGCACUGUUUAUCAACAGGAAGAGUUCUUGUCUCUCUGUGUGGACAAACUUACAGAAAUUAUCUCUAGCGACCUUCUCGAUGUUCCUAAAGAGGAGAUGGUGUUUGAGGCCGUCAUGCUGUGGUUGAAUAAAUGUCCUUCUCGUAGGCAGGGAUUUGAAAAGGUGCUUGAGCACAUCCGCCUGCCUCUCAUCAGCCCUUACUACCUCCAUGACCUAAUCGAGUCUUUAGAUGUUGUAAAAGAGAACCAGGCUUGUCAGAAGCUCAUUUCUGAGGCCAAGGACUACCUGCUGCUGAAGGAUCGCCGAGGAGAGCUCUACAGCUCCCGAGCAAGGCCACGUAGAUCCACAGGCUUUCUCCCUUUAAAUCUCCCAUCGAAGCCAGAUGGUUAUGCUGAUGAUGGAUUUUCCAACCUGAGGUUAUGGAUGUCUGCUACUACUGCGGCAUUACCCUACACCUACUAUGUGCUCCUCUUUGGAACUGUUGCUGUAAUAGUAACUGUUGGCGGGGAAGACGACAAGGUGGUGCUGCGCAGUGUCGAGAGUUUUGAUCCCACGACAAACAUUUGGAAGAACCUAGCAUGCCUUCCCUUCGCAGUCAGCAAACAUGGGCUUGUCGUCUCAGACUCUACUCUGUAUUUGGCGGGGGGAGAGUUUCCUGAUGGCUCAGCAAGCAGAGAGAUGUGGCGUUAUGACCCCUGCUUUGACUCCUGGAUGGAGAUGGCUCCCAUGAAUGUAGCUCGCUCCGAGUUGGGUCUGGUCAUGCUGGAUGGCUUUGUUUACGCCGUCGGGGGAUGGGAGGGCCGAGGUCGUCUGGACUCGGUGGAGUGCUACAAUCCCCACACAAACUCCUGGCAGUUCACACCGUCAGUAAAAAUGGCCGUUACCAGUCCUGCAGUGGUGGCCCUGGAUGGUCUGCUAUAUGUUACUGGUGGUGCAGUUCUUGAGGAUGGAGACGGCACUGACCUUGCCCAAGUUUACAACCCAAAAACCGCAGUGUGGACGGAGGUCGCUCCAAUGCAGAUCGCACGCUCGGGUUCAGCUGCUUGUACGCUUAAAGGAAAGCUUUACGUUAUUGGUGGAUGGCAUGCCUCUACAGAGAACACAGAUAAAGUCGAGUGUUUCAACCCAAAGACCAACCAGUGGACUAUGUGCGCUCCAAUGAAGGAACGCCGCUACCGGCCAGGGGCGGCCGUAGUGGACGGAAAGAUUUAUGUCUUAGGAGGCGAAGAGGGUUGGGACAGAUAUCAUGACACUAUUGAGCGGUACUGUGAAGAAACUGAUACUUGGGAGAUUGUUGGGGAGAUGCCUACCAGUCGCAGCUGGCUCAGCUGUGCGUCUCUCCAGCUGAGGAAGAAUGUCCACAUGUGCAGCCGUCCUGGUACACCAAGCGAAACAGGACAAUGAAGGGAGACCCUGCUGUGGUUUUUAAUCUUUUGCACACUUAAUGUCAGUGUUCUAUCAUGCUUAAAAGGUGUUGAGGCUUCCCAACCAAGAAGUCUGACAAAAUGGUGAAUUUUCAUGUGGGAUCCAGACAAAAAUGCCUUAUGGAGUUACCCUGGGGCACUUGGGUUACUCCAGGAUAUUUUCAUACAGGAUCUCAAGUUACUGCGCCCCACGGUCUAGUCUGCAGUUGGAACUCGUGCUCUGUUUAAUGUUGAUGUAUUUAAGGUACCCUUGUUAUGUCUGGGCACCUCAAACUGAAGAUGUUCCUGCCCAACACAGUGUAUUUUUCUAUUGUAAUGUAUUUUGAAGAUAACCAGUCUAAAGAUGGUAAACUUCUGUGGGAUCUAUUAUAUUGUGAAUAUUUUUAAAGCUUGCCUGUGGGAGAAAAUGAUAACCUGUGAGCAGUCUUUUGAAAUUGAACUUUCUACUUUAAAAUUAUUGUCUUUUCAAUCUGUGAUGUGUAGAAUAUAUUUUUGUAAUGUUGUGAGUCCUUCAUGUUGGUGAAUUUCUGAAGAGUUCAUUUACAGUGAAUAAAUAGUUUUAUUAUAAA